AUGGGAACAUCACAAUCUCAUUCGAGAACUCCUUCGCGGGAACCACUACCAAACGGACAUCAAGUGAUGGAUGUUCUGGACCCAACAGAUAAAACUCCAAGACGAGGAAGAAAACGAAAAACUGGCAAAGGAGAUGAAAUAGAAACAAAGAAAAUAGCCAAGCUGAACACAUGCGCCUAUGUUUAUCAGAAGUUAUUUCUUGAGGUCAGAGCAAACAGUGCACAAAUGUACAGAUCAUUUUUGCAGGGAGAGGAUUCUGAUAUCACAAUUGCGGCAUGUGGCAGGGAAUGGAAGGUUCAUAAACUUUAUCUCAAACAGACAAAAUUUUUCGAAAUGAUGCUUGAAGGUUCUUGGGCGGAAUCAAAAAGUGGGAGAAUCGAUAUGGAAAUAACUGAUCCGAACAUUGAUGCAGACGGAUUGAAUGCAGUUUUCGGAAGUUUAUAUCAUAACGAAAUAGAAAUUGAUCUGGAAAAAAUAGAAGGAACUGUGGCAGCUGCUUCGUAUAUUGUGCUGGACAGUGUCCGUGAAAGAUGUGCAGAGAUGAUGAUAUCAGCUUUGAGCACAGAUAAUGCGGUUCGAUAUUAUGAACUAUCCACAGCUAUGGGUUGGAUUACAGAAGUUAGCCACGACCUGCUCGAAACUAUUCUCACAUCACCGAACAUGUUUACACUGGAAGGUGAAUACGAUCUAUACCAGCAUGUUUUACAAUGGAUCUAUAUGAAGGAGAAUCCCGAUUGCAACCACGAUGAACCUAAUGAGCAGUUCAAUUCAAAUAUCAAGAACUUUUUCAAAACAGCGAAUAGUGACUUUUUGCUCAUGAAGUACGUUGAUAUCAUUUCAAAAAUUCGCAUGGGACAAAUCCUAAUACGUUCUGACACGAUAACUACGAUCAAAAACGAUGGACUGAUUCCGAUCCAAAUAGUAGACGGAAUAUCUUCACAGUUAUGGUUUUCCUUGCUACAAAAUGAGGAAAACCCAAAACCGUUAGAGAUGAGCGACGAUGAAUUUUUCGAAACAUGCAACAGACUAGGCAGAUCAUUGGAUUCUUUCCCGGUAUGCGUUUUAUACCUAUUGAAGCAGAAUGACACUGCUUUCCAGAAAUGUUGGCGUUGGGUGGGAUACAACUCGGGAGUUGAUAUAAUGCUACAUGUUAACGACUACUCGGUCUGUAUCAUAAGAAACUGCCUAAAUAGGAAAACACCAUACUCAGUGAAUUUGAAGUCGGCACACGUUCUGCACUUCAGAUUGGUUAUUUGUGAUUUUAAAGGACAAAUUUCGUUUGAUACCGGAAGAACAAGCUGGGCAAUGAAACCCGAUGAAACCAAAACAGUUUUUCGUCUAAAUGAAGACAUUUCGACACCAAUUUCAGUUCACUUCCAAUACUUAAUUCAUAAGCCAAUCGACAGUUCGACUUGUGUGAAAAAAUAUGUGGAAGAACUGAAAGCGAAGAAUAAUGGAGAUGUGGAACCAUAA